UUUGAAUCCACUCGGGGAUCUACCCCCAGCUACUCCGUUACGGAGUCAGAAAUCGGUUGCUUUACGCCUGCGUGGGAGCAAUCCAUCCCUAGAUCCGACAAUUACUCGAAAGGGUCAGCAUUUUGCGAAAACUGCCAUGGGAUGGGAUGGGCCCCGCGGGGCUUUGUUUUAAAUGACUCUUCACUGUCGCCUUUCCAGAGCACAAUCUUUUUCUCUCCAGAAUCUGACUGCAUCUCAUCACCCAUUAUGAAAGAGAUAAAUAUCGACAAGAGCUGCUGCGACAGCUGUAGUGUUACAAGUGUGAAGCGACAAAAGGUAUGGUCAAGUGUAAAAGAAGGAAAAAGCGCGUCCUUUCAAUUUCUCGGGCAGACUAGACGCCUUAAGUAGGGCCAUAAUGAGCUAGCUACUGGCCCCCACUGUAUUAAAACUCCAGAUGGACCGUUGGCUCCAUCACAAUAGAGCAGAAAGAGGAUUGGAGAUAGAGGGGCAGUCCGCACCUAAUAGGGCCGGCUUCUGUUAUCGUAUCGUCUAGCCGGAUGCUAGCUGACCUGCCUUCCGUAAAGGCACCGACAAUCCGGACUAGCUGUCGCGACCAGCCUUGCUGGAUCAUCCGUAGCAUCAACCUUCGUCGGAGGGUGGCAUCAUAGGCGCCUUUUACAUCUAAAGUCGCUAUUGCUGCUGUACGCCCGUUCUCCAGGGCAUGUUCAAUCUCGUGUAUAACACAGGCUUAUACAGGGUCCUUAGCGCUCAGCAAAUUGGAGCC